AUGGAUGAUUCAACAAAAGAAUAUAAGGCACGCCAAAAUGAUACAGAAAUAACAAGUGAUCAUGGAAUAAUACGAAGUCCGGGGUAUCCAACACAAUUUCAAACAACAACAACCGAAUGUUUUCGUGCAAUACGUGUGCCAAGUGAUAAAAAUAUUCGCCUAUGGUUAACUGAUCUAUAUAUUGGUUCAACACCGGGAACUUGUGUUAGCGAUCAUGUCUAUGUUGUUGAUAGUGUUCAAACAUAUCAACAUUGUGCUCGACUGCGGUAUGCUUAUUCAUAUUUAUGA